AUGGUUAGGACUCGUACAUCUGCAAGUGGUGAUCAUGAGCCUAUUCCUGCGCCUGUUUCUGGGAGCACUAUCCGAGGCAGAGGCAGGGGGCGAGGUCGAGGUCGAGGUCGGGGUAGGGGUCGUAUUGCAGCAUCCGUGGAAGGACAAGUACCAUUAGCUACCCAGGGUCGUGAUAGGACAGUACCUCCUGAUGCAUAUGUUAUUCAUGGGGAUGUGCAGGAUCGUGUCGAGGGGGAUGGACCAGCUCAGGCUCCACCCAAUAUUAUUGCCACCCCAGUGCUUCAAGAUACCUUGACUCGUAUGUUAGGACUUCUAGAGGGGAUGGCUCAGGCGGGAACUUUGCCUGUCACCUCUGAUGCUUCGCAGACUCGUGUUGGAGGUCAAACUCCAGAUCCGAUGGUUGCUCCAGAUUCUCAGACUCCCAGGACUCAGCCAGCUGCUGCUGUAGCUCCCCGUUUAGAUAGUACAGAAUUUCCAGGUAUUGCAUCACACUUGGUGAACAGGCCUUCCAUGACCAUUGAUGAACAAAAGAUGUUUGGAAGGUUCAGACUAAUGAAUCCUCCGAUUUAUACUGGUGACUUAACUGAGGAUGCAUAUGAAUUUAUAGUUAGUUGUCAUGAGAGGUUGCAUAAUCUUGGAUUAGUGGAGUCUCAUGGAGUUGACUACACAGCGUUUCAGAUGACUGGCUCAGCCAAGCAGUGGUGGAGGGAUUAUAUUAGUAGUAGGCCAGCUGGAUCCCCUCCACUGUCAUGGACUCAGUUUACUCAGGUAUUUCUAGCCAAGUUUGUUCCACGCAGUGAGAGGGAGCGUAAGAGGGCAGCGUUCGAGGGUUUGCAACAAGAUGGUAUGUCGGUCGCAGAGUAUGAGGGUAAAUUCCAUGCCUUGGCUAGGCAUGCUUCGAUGAUACUUCCCACAGAGGCUGAGAGAGUGAGGAGGUUUGUUAAGGGGCUGAUUAUUCCGAUUCGUCUGGGAGUUUCUCAGGUUGCUACUUCUGGUGUGCCAUUCCAGAAGGUAGUAGAUGCUGCUAAGGAGUUGGAGAUGAUUCGACGUGAGGGAUUUGAGCAGCGUGAGGGCAAGAGGACUCGUCAUUCAGGUGAUUAUGGUGGGGCUCUGCCUAGGAGUCGAGGUUACUUAGGGAGAGGUUAUCACUCUCAGUCUAGCAGACCCAUUCAUGCUGCUAUACCAGCGUCUGAGGCUGGUUACGCUGGGCAUAGUUCUUCGAGUUUGGUGCAUACUUCACAGGGUUCAUCUUCUAGACCUGUAGGCCGUGGAGGACAUUCUGGUCAUUCAGGUUCCUUUCAUCAGCCUACGUCCCGUAAGGGUUGUUUUGAGUGUGGUGAUAUGGGACACUUUGUGAGAGAUUGCCCUAGGACCAGACGUGGUGGUUUGCAUCAGGGUUCUCAGGCUUUGACUUCCAGGGCUGCACAACCUCCAACUAGGGGAGGUGUACAGAGUGGCAGAGGUGGUUCUUAUUCAGGUAGAGGUAGUUCUUCUUCUGGUCGAGGUGGUGGUCGUGGAGGUUCACAAUGUGAGGGUGGUCGUCCUCACUGUUAUGCUUUUCCGGGUAGGCCAGAGGCUGAGGCUUCAGAUGCUGUUAUCACAGGUAUUAUUCCGGUUUGUCAUCGACCAGCUACUGUAUUAUUUGAUCCAGGCUCUACUUAUUCUUAUGUGUCCACAUAUUUUUCUUCGAGUCUGGAUAUAGUAUGUGAGUCUCUUGAUUUGCCGGUACAUGUUUCUACUCCUGUCGGGGAUUCUGUAGUGGUAGAUCGGGUGUAUCGAGUAUGUAUAGUUACCUUGAUGGGAUAUGACACUCAGGCAGAUUUAAAGGUCUUAGAUAUGGUAGAUUUUGAUGUGAUUCUUGGUAUGGAUUGGUUAUCUCCUUAUCACGCAAUUUUAAAUUGUCAUGCCAAGACAAUUACAUUAGCUAUGCCUGGAAUUCCUAUAGUAGAAUGGAGAGGUUCACUUAGUCACCCUCCUAAAGGGGUGAUAUCAUUUCUUAAGGCCCGUCACUUUGUAGAGAAGGGAUGCUUGGCUUACUUGGCGCACAUUCGAGAUACUAGUGUUGAGACUCCUAUGCUUGAGUCUAUUUUGGUGGUGAGUGAAUUUUCGGAGGUAUUUCCUACAGACUUACCAGGUCUUCCACCUGAUCGUGAUAUUGAUUUUUGUAUUGACAUAGAGCCAGGCACUCAGCCUAUUUCCAUUCCUCCUUAUCGUAUGGCACCGGCUGAAUUGAAAGAGUUAAAGGAGCAGUUGCAGGAUUUGUUGAGCAAGGGUUUUAUUAGACCAAGUGUAUCUCCUUGGGGUGCUCCAGUGUUAUUUGUGAAGAAGAAUGAUGGAUCUAUGCGUAUGUGUAUUGACUAUCGGAAGUUGAAUAAGGUAACCAUCAGAAAUAAGUACCCGAUACCUCGUAUUGAUGAUUUAUUUGAUCAGCUGCAGGGUGCUUCUGUUUUCUCCAAGAUUGACUUGAGAUCCGGCUACCAUCAGCUGAAAGUUAGGGCGGAGGAUAUCCCUAAGACAGCUUUUCGAACACGUUAUGGCCAUUACGAAUUUUUGGUGAUGUCUUUUGGAUUAACCAAUGCCCCAGCAGCUUUUAUGAACUUGAUGAAUGGAGUGUUCAGACCGUACUUGGAUUCCUUUGUUAUUGUCUUCAUAGAUGAUAUAUUGAUAUACUCCCGUAGUAAGGAGGAACACGAGCAUCAUUUGAGGAUUGUGCUUGGGAUUCUAAAAGAGAAGAAACUCUAUGCAAAGUUCUCAAAAUGUGAGUUUUGGCUUAGUUCGGUAGCAUUCUUGGGACAUGUAGUGUCCAAGGAAGGUAUUAUGGUGGAUCCUAAGAAGAUUGAGGCAGUUCGAGAUUGGGUCAGACCUGCUUCAGUUACUGAGAUUCGGAGUUUCUUAGGCCUUGCAGGUUAUUAUCGACGGUUUGUAGAAGGGUUCUCAUCCAUUGCAUCCCCAUUAACUAGAUUGACCCAAAAAGAAGUGGUUUUCCAGUGGUCUGAUGAAUGUGAGGUGUUCACAGAUCAUCGUAGUCUCCAGUAUAUAUUCAAUCAGAGAGAUCUUAAUUUGAGGCAGCGAAGAUGGUUGGAGUUGCUCAAAGACUACGACAUGACUAUUCUUUAUCAUCCAGGCAAGGCAAAUGUGGUAGCAGAUGCCUUGAGUCGAAAGGCGGUAAGUAUGGGUAGUCUAGCCAUGUUACAGGUUGGUGAGCGUCCUCUAGCUAGGGAUGUCCAAUCCUUGGCCAAUAGCUUUGUGAGGCUUGAUAUUUCAGAAUCUGGUAAGGUUUUGGCUUAUAUGGAGGCUAGGUCAUCCUUGUUGGAGCAGAUUCGGACUCAACAGUUUAAUGAUGGUGAUUUAUGUAAGAUUCGAGACAAGGUGUCAAAAGGAGAAGCAAAAGAUGCAAUUCUUGAUAGUGAGGGAGUUUUGAGGAUAAAAGGUCGUAUUUGUGUUCCUCGGACGGCAUUAUUGGUGGUGUCGUAUGAAGAGGGACAUAGUAGAUUUUGUAUCUCAGUGUUUGAAUUGUCAGCAAGUGAAGUAUGA